AUGAGUCCAACAUCUGGUUUCCAACUUCCGUUAAGAGACGAAGUAGAAGCAGCUCCGGAAGCAAGCUGUAGAAGCUAACCUCAACAUCAGCUGUUUGGCGGGAACAAAUCAGUCAGUUCAUUCUGAGGUUUUCAGUUUAAACGUCUGAAAGUUGAAACAGCCGCGGAACUAAUUUAGACGGCAGCUAACCGCUAGCAUAGCCGCUAACAGGAGAGAAAACACGCUCACGGGUCUCCAGCGUCUCUGCUAUGAGCAGCUCUACUCAGAGGAAGAGGAGGAUCACAGGAAGUCCUCUAGUUUCCAGACCCAAGAGCAGCAGAGGAGCUAACGCUAGGAGGACAGCUAGCGCUAACAGGGCAGCCAACAGGGCAGCUAACAGGACGGCUAACAGGACGGCUAACAUUAGCAGGGCGUCAGAUGGUAACCCUGCCCCCCGCACAGAGACCAUCGCUGUGAUGGACAACACUGAGGACAGUGUGGAGGAGGUGGUGGAUCUGACCUGUGAGGGAUCAGAAGCUGCUGUGGUCGACCUGACCAACAACGACUCAGUACUGCUGGUGGACGAAGGUCCUCAGAACAGGGGCGGGGUCACCACAGGAGAGAGUUACGUCGUCAGCAGUGAUGACGACGAGGACACGCCCCCUGUCCUCAACGCUGCACUAAUGUCCUCUCUACACGCCAACAGCUCCUCCAGGUCGACCCCGGGGACGAUCAGCUGUCCCAUCUGUCUGGACUCGUACUCUGAGAUCGUCGAGAGCGGCCGAUUGGUUGUUUCCACUAAAUGUGGCCACGUUUUCUGCAGCCAGUGUCUUAGGGACUCUCUGACGUCAUCACACACCUGUCCUACCUGCAGGAAGAGACUGACCCACCGCCAGUACCACCCCCUCUACAUCUGACAUCACUCUGACAUCAUCACACACCUGAGCUGCAUCAUCAGUGACAUCACGUCAAGAGUUUCUUUUAAUUGGAAACAACAGACUGUGUGUCCGAGCUGCGUUUUAAUGACAGAGUAUACGUGAUUAUUGACUUCUUCAGUUUCAGCUCAGGUUUCUUUUUUUGUCUCCCAUCGUCGUUUUGCACUCUUUGUUUUCUCUGUGAUAAAAAGUCUAAAUAAAUUCUGUUAAAGUA